CAGUACUCAUGGUCGCCUUCUCAGCACUUCAAUGAAGAAAGAUACUCUCCUGCUCCGAGGAAUAUGAAAGGAUUAUCUGGUAGUCGCAACCAACCACAGUUAUGUUCAGCUCAUACUUGUGGCUUAGCAACCCCUGAAGAUUGUGAACACACCCACGACCAUAUCCACCAUGGGCAGGAGCCAAGGCAAUCGUAUCUUCUCAGCCCCACGGAGAGUUGCCCGAUGGACCACCAUCGUUGCUCGCCACGCAGCUCCAUUCAUUCUGAGUGCAUGAUGAUGCCCAUGGUAAUGGGCGAUCACAUGUCAAGUAGCACUUUCCCCAGAAUGCACUACAGCUCACAUUACGACUCAAGAGACGACUGCGCCAUGUCUCACGGUAACCCUAAGAUUAACCGUAUUCCUGCAAAUCUUUUGGACCAAUUUGAGAAACAACUCCCCCUUCACCGGGAUGGGUUUCACACUUUACAGUACCAGAGGACCUCAACGGCUGCGGAACAGCGCAGUGAGAGCCCAGGAAGAAUACGCCACCUCGUUCAUUCAGUCCAGAAACUUUUUACUAAAUCUCAUUCUCUGGAAGGAUCAUCCAAGGGCAACGUUAAUGGAACAAAGGGAGACAGUCGAGGGGAUGACCAUCAUCACGGGCACCAUUCCAAGCAUAGCAAAAGGAGUAAAAGUAAGGAGCGAAAACCAGAAAGCAAGCAUAAAUCUGGAAUGAGCAGCUGGUGGAGCUCUGAUGAUAACUUGGACAGCGAUAGCACUUACCGAACCCCUAGCGUGGUAAAUAGGCACCAUGCAGAUCAUAUAUCCCAUUGCUAUCCUGAGGCGCUCCAGGGGCAUUUUGGGGAUCUCUCACUGAAGACUUCCAAAAGUAACAAUGAUGUGAAGUGUUCAGCUUGUGAAGGGCUAGCAAUGACACCAGAUGGUAAAUAUAUGAAAAGGAGUUCUUGGUCCACGCUUACAGUGAGUCAGGCUAAAGAGGCUUAUCGCAAAUCAUCACUGAACUUAGAUAAGCCCCUGGUUCAUCAGGAAAUCAAACCUUCCUUGAGGCCAUGCCAUUACCUUCAGGUACCUCAGGAUGAAUGGGGAGGAUACCCAACUGGUGGGAAAGACGAAGAGAUCCCCUGCAGAAGAAUGAGAAGUGGGAGCUAUAUUAAGGCCAUGGGAGAUGAAGAAAGUGGAGAUUCUGAUACUAGCCCCAAGACAUCACCGAAAUUAACAGUUCGACCAGAGUCAUUAUUAAAAUCCAUUGGACAAAGACCACUGGGAGAUCAUCAAAA